UUUUUUGUGACCGCCAUAAAAACGCAUAAAAGUUACCUUUUUGUUGUUAUAUUUUUUUUUAUACAUUUACAAUUACCAGUCUUGAAGCAUGAUGGACAAUCGGAUCGUCGCACCCUCUUUAUCAAACGUUUCUGGGUCACGAUUAAGUGGAAAUCAAGACGACUUUCCAACAGAAGCUUUAGAAUCGACAUUAGACAAUUUACUAGAGAAAAACUCUGAACUUACAAAGCAUUUAGAAAAGGCACUUUUAAAGAUAUCACGCUUACGAAAGCAGCGCAGCGUAUUAUUAGAUGUGAUUGUCAAAGUAAAUUCAAACGAUGAAGCGUAUGAAGAUGAUGAUAAUGUGGACGAUACCGAAUUAUUAUCAGAUAUAGAUUCUGAAGUUGAAUCCUCCGACGAUGACCCAGAGGUAGAGAUCAUCCCGCUUCCACAAACCAAACGUAGAAAAGUACAGGCCAAAAGGCAGCGAGGCACCAAAUCCAUCAUUGUGCCCAAAGACGAAUCCGGUAAUUAUAUUUUUCCAGUGCAAAUAGGCAGAACCUUGUUAUUAUCGCUUGGAAAUAUCAUACCCAAUGAGAACUUUUACAACCAGAAUUACAUAUUUCCAGUCGGUUACUCAAUGCAGAGAACUUACAAGAGUAUGGUAAAUGAACAUGCUUUUACAACAUAUACUUGCUCGAUCGAUAAAGAUGCCUUUGAUAAACCCAUCUUUUGCAUUCAAGCGGAAGAUGCACCUGAUAUCAUCAUACAAAAGAACACACCUACAGCCGCCUGGUCAGAAGUGCUUAAGCGAUCCAACGAGCUUCGAAAGAAAGAGUUUAAAAACACUGUGUCUGGACCUGAAUAUUACGGCUUAUCGUUUGCCACAAUAAAAAAGAUGAUCCAAGAACUCCCGGGUGCCGAAGAGUGUUUAGGAUAUCAAUGGGUCGAUCUUUAAGGAAUGAUUCCUGUGCUAUCCUAUACUACCCUCAACUUUUUUUUAAAAAAGGGAAAUUUAAUGCCAUCCAUACUAUUUAAAUUAAAAAGAAAAAAAAAAAGCAAACCUUAUUACGCUGA